CAUCUUGCCCGACAUAACCGGAUUCACACUGGUGAAAAGAACUUUGGCUGCCUGCACCCCGGCUGUCUUUCUAGAUUCUCUCGCCAGGACAACAUGAUGCAACACUACCGAACCCAUAUUUCUCCCAGAUCGCGUAGAUACCAACGAGCAUCA